AUGGCAACGCGUCGUAAACCAGACAGCGACACAGACAACGGUGUACCUCUCACAGCGGGCAUGUCCCGCGGCAACAUCCGCCCACCGACCUCAUCGGCGCGUCGCUCCCCCUUCCUCCCUACGCGUCUCGAAGCACAACUCAUCGCCAUUUACCCAUUGACACUCCUCCUCGGUAGCGUCUUCAGCAUAAUUUCACCUUCCAAUCGAGCCGCGCCCUAUUCCGCAACCCUACAGUCUCACCCUACCGAAUUUGCGCCCUCAUACUUUGCGCAGAAAAAGAACAUCUUCAAUGUAUACUUUGUCAAACAAGGAUGGUUCUGGACUACACUAGCAUUUGCUGUCUUUGUUACCUUCCAUCCUGGUUUCGGUCAGGGUGCGAGCGCGAGGCGCAUCCGAGCGGUCAUGCGAUAUGGUGUCGUGACGACUUGGUGGUGCUUCAUGACACAGUGGUUCUUUGGACCGCCGUUGAUCGAUCGCGGCUUCAGGUUCACUGGAGGUCAAUGCGAAAUAAUAAGAGAUCCCGAGGCGAGGGAAGAAAUGAGCAACACAAGAGAGUAUAUCACGGCUGCGACGUGUAAGGCAGUUGGUGGAACUUGGAAGGGUGGUCAUGACAUCUCUGGACAUGUCUUCUUGCUUAUUCUUGGCUCAUCGCUUCUGUGGUUGGAAUUCCUGCCUGCGUUGACGCGUGUAGAAGGGCUUAGAGACGGAAGGUUGAUCACUCUGCCAGAUGGCAAGGUUGCAAGUGUUGCAGUGGAGAAAGAGCUGGUGAAGUCUGAGGGUGAAGCUACCGCGCGUGGCGUCAAGUUCGCGCUCGGUGUCGCGGCGCUGAUGUGGUGGAUGCUUCUCAUGACAGCUGCCUACUUUCAUACUUGGUUUGAGAAGUUCACGGGCCUGCUGGUCGCAUUUGCAGCGCUGUGGACUGUCUACUUCCUCCCAAGAGGCGUUUUCCAGGUUAGAGCGUGGUUAGGUAUGCCUGGUGUAUGA